AGAUUAUAGCAGUUACUCCAUAGUUGAAGCACAAGGUGGUGCUAUUGCACAAGAUAACAUUUUUCAGGGAAUAAUUGCUCUUCUGGAAAUCUGUAGCCAUUAGAGGAAGAGAUCUCAGAGAGAAAGGCACAGAUCCACAUUGCAAGCAAAUCUAUAGAAAUUUCAGAAGGAAAAAAGCCUCAGUAUCCAUUUCUAAAACAAGUGCAGAAAAAAGAAAGAUUUACCUUGGAAACAUAAAGCAGACAAAUACUUCUGGCAGCUACCUUACAAAGAACUUGACAGUGAAUCAGAUGUACUUGGAAGCAAGCUGAGACAAUGGAAAUACAUCACAACAACAGACAAGGUUGGUCUUUUUUCUUAUUUCUCUGCAUGUAUGGGGCAAUAUGUGAGUCCUUCCACUAUUCAGUGCCUGAGGAAAAGAAAAGUGGGUUUCUGGUGAUGAAUGUGCUGAAGGAUUUGAAAGUGGAUGUAAAGGAGCUGUCUGCUCGUGGGGCCCGCCUGGUCUCUAAGAGUACCAAACAGUAUUUCCAGCUGAAUCCUCACUCUGGGAAUGUUUUAUUAAAGGACAAAAUAGAUCGAGAGACUCUGUGUGGUCAGAAGGACCCUUGCAUCUUACACUCAGAGAUUGUGCUGGAAAACCCAUUGCAAGUGCACAGAAUUGAAGUUGAAAUAGAGGAUGUGAAUGACAAUUCUCCACAGUUCUCUAAGAAAGAAUACCUUUUUGAAAUUCCUGAGCAGGUACCAACAAAUACCAGAUUCCCUUUGGAGACGGCUCAGGAUUCAGACAUUGGAGAAAACGGUGUUCAGAAUUACACACUUAGUCCUAAUGAAAAUUUUAGGUUGGAUGUACAAAGUCACAGUGAUGGUAGCAAAUAUGCAGAGUUAGUAUUACAGAAACCAUUAGAUCGUGAAGAAGUCACACAACUUUUCCUGAUCUUGUCAGCUGUUGAUGGAGGGACCCCAAAGAGAACAGGCACAGCAAAUAUUGUCAUUCAUAUUCUGGAUACUAAUGAUAAUUUCCCACAGUUUCUUGAUUCUGUAUACAAAAUAAAAAUGAAAGAAAAUGCUCUCAGAGGGACACUUGUGACAAAAGUGGAAGCGACUGACAGGGAUUUUGGUUCAUUUGGGGAUAUCACUUAUUCCUUCAGUCAGGUACCAGAAAAUGUACUCAGAGCAUUCAGUCUAAACAAAGAAACCGGGGUACUUACCGUUUCAGGAACCAUUGAUUAUGAAGAGGAGAGGAAUUAUGAGAUACACAUCAAAGCCACAGAUGGAGGGGGGCUCUCUACCUACUGCAAAGUCAUAGUAGAGGUUGAGGACAUGAAUGACAAUGCCCCAGAGGUAAUGCUCACUUCCCUCACCAGCCCCUUAUCUGAAGAUUCUCCCAGAGAUACUGUUGUGGCUGUCUUCAGCAUCAUAGAUCAAGACUCUGGGGACAAUGGCAGAACUGCCUGCACCGCUGGGACAAACCUGCCCUUCAUAUUAAAAGCCUCUGAGAAUGACUAUUAUCAGUUGGUAACCCAGCAGCCCCUGGACCGAGAAAGAGCUUCAGAGUACAACAUCACCAUUACUGCUGCAGACUGGGGCUCACCCAGGCUUACUUCAACGAGAAUAAUUAAUGUCCGAAUCUCAGAUGUCAAUGAUAAUGCUCCAGUAUUUGCAAAGUCAUUGUAUGAUAUGCAGUUACGUGAAAAUAACAUUCCAGGUCUCCUCAUAGGUCUGGUACAAGCAAAGGACGAGGACACAGCACAGAAUGCCAAGGUUACCUAUUCUCUUUUGCCUGGGAAAGUCAGCGAUCAACCUGUGUCUUCGUACUUCUCCAUCAACUCUGAAACUGGGAAUCUGUAUGCCAUCCGAUCAGUAGACUAUGAGCAGGUGAAAGAUUUCCAUGUGACUGUGAGGGCUGUGGACAGCGGUUCUCCUCCCCUGAAUUCCCAAAUUACGGUCCGAGUUGUUGUCAUGGAUGAAAAUGAUAAUGCCCCAUUCAUCUUGUACCCUCUUCAGAAUGGCUCUUCCCCAUCCAGUGACCUGGUUCCCAGGGGUGCGGAGGCUGGCUACCUGGUCACCAAGGUGGUGGCAGUGGACAGAGAUUCCGGUCAGAACUCUUGGCUUUCCUAUGAGCUCCUGAAGGCCACAGAACCAGGUCUGUUCAGUGUGGGGGCCCAGAAUGGAGAAGUGAAAACCAUGAGGCCAAUUCACAAACGAGACACCUUCAAACAGAAACUAAUCAUUGGAGUCAGAGAUAAUGGAAGCCCUCCCCAGUCUACCUCUGCAACACUAAAUAUUCUGUUAGUGGAUGGCUUUUCUGACCCUUAUAUGAAAAUGGUGGACAUCCCAAAGGAUGACGUGGUGGAGGAGGAAGACCAUACCCUGACUAUGUAUCUGGUCUUAUGCUUGGCUGUCAUCUCCUUCAUUUUCCUGCUUUCUGUGGUGGUGUUUGUUGCCAUCAAGAUUCAUAAAAGGAGGAAGUUCAUAGAGAGCUCUGCCCUGAAUUUCCCAGUGGGACCAGAUUUCCCAGAGAACUGUGGAGAUGCUGAUGCUGGAUCUAUUUCCCGGGCUUAUAACUAUGAGGUGUGCUUAGCUGGUGGGUCUCUGAACAGCGAGUUCAGGUUUCUGCGGCCUCUCUUCCCUGUGUUUUCUAUGGAACCUGCUCAGUCCCAGGGGCUUCAAAGGAUUUCUUCUGGUUCCCAAGAAGUUCCCAGUCAUGGAGCAGAAGGUCAAGUCAUGAACCAGGCCAGAGGUGCUGUCUCUGAAGACGCAGCUGCCAGAUCUGGAGGCCCGAGCUGCACUGGGAAUCAGCCUAUAACUGCAAAUGCGAACAUUGGCCAGAAUGACUGGCUUUCCUACCAAUAGAUGAGGAAGACCAACUCUCCCUGUCAUUCUAGCACUGCAGGACAAACAAGAAGCAAGAGGCCCAGUGUCGCACAAGAAGCCUGAAGCCUGCCUCCCCAUGAUGAGAUGUUUACCCAAAAGAGAAAGACACCAGGCAGAAACCCCCAGCAGUUCUCCUGCACACGCCCUGAUAACUCCGCUGCCAUCCGUUCAAGUAGGGCUUUGUCUAGGAGAACUUCCGGGUGGGUCGUAACCCAUAUACUUCCCUGCUGUACAGCUGCUUCAUUAUUUCUGCUUCUUACGAUUUGAAAAUAGACACCUGCUCUGUUGGUCUAGCUGUGAAGGAAGCAUAAGAGAAAGUCUUGCAUGCUUGCUUGUGAUUUUUCCUAAUCUUCGGUUUAUGACUGUAGAAAUUUUUGCUGCUUUUCAAAGUAUUUCCAAUGCUUAUUGCAGUCGUUCAGAAAUUCUACUGCCUGCCCUUCUCCAUUAUACAGAAGACAGGCCCACAACGGUUACUUGUAUCCUGUCCCUUCCUUGAAAGUAUUGAGUAAGUAGGUGCGCACUGAGCAGUAAGCAAGAAAGAGCUUCAGCACCAGCUGCAGGGGCACUCGUAAGCAACAGUGAAAGGGAACGGAGCUGCCAAUGAGAGGAGUGAGGCUCUCCCUCGGCUCCCAUUCAUUUCAGUUGGGAGAAUCUUCCUGUGAAUGGUGCUCGUAGCUACUUAGUCGUACUCAGAUUGUAUGCAUACUUUCUUUUUUAAAUGGCUUGAUUCUGUCCUUUUUCCCCCUUUAGCCAUGUGCUAGAAACUUCUGUUUUGUAGUGUCCACACACACACACACUCACACACACUUUCACUGAAAUUUAAUUCCAGAAGCCAUAUCAGUCUGUUGUAGCAAAACCCCCACACAUUUGUAUUCUGGCAGAAACUUUCAUGGACUAGAGUCCCCUUCAUCAGAGGAAUACUAGUUCCUUAGUUGCCAGACAGAUAUUCCAUAUGGAUGGUUAUUUAGGGGGAGGGGGGGUCUUAAUAGCAGGGCCAAAAGGCCCCAGAAUGCAAGAGGUACAGGUGGUAGCAUUAGUACAUGGGAUUCCAAUGUUACCAUGAAUGAUAUGAUCAUUCACAAUAGCAGUGAUCCCAUUUUGCUCAAGUGAUUGAUCUGCCCCCCGUACUAAUGGCUCCGGGCUCAAAUCUCAGGAAAUGUAACUGUUCUUAUGUACCUCAUGAUGAGGAAAAACUGUGCCAGUGAGUCCCUACUCCUUUGCAAUGACUGAGGAAGAAUAAACUAUGCUGCUUGUCAAAAGGAGACUUUACCUGCCUUUCCUUUUGGGAUUGUCUGUGCAUCCUUUAGAUGCUGGCUCACACAGUUUUGGGAACUAUUCACGUGGUAACUGAAUUGCAUUUGCCACCAGUCCGAUCUCUCCAGCCAAAGGGACAGCUCGGUGGUAAACCCAGGCACAACCCCAUGGUAAAGCACUCACAUCUUAACAAAAGAAUUGUAGAGUAUGUUACAGUGGUGUGCUUACACUGUUGUGGUUAUGUGAUCGUGUGGGUUAGGACUAGGUCUUCUUUUGUAAACAUUUGUAUUUUGACAAUUAUACUAUAUUUAAGCAAUGACGAAAACUCACGACGUUCAAACAUUUUGACCUCUGGAUGAAAGAGAGUAAACAUGCUGUAUUAUGGAAUAGCUGAAAAGUUAGGUAAUCGGGUGUGCAGUCCAUCCCCAAUUGGAACCAACAGGAAAACAGUGCGUUAAAGCUGAUGCCCCCUUUCACUAAGCAAGGAGGCUCACUCCAGACAAGGAGCUUUGCUGUGCUGGAGAAAGAUUCCUCUUGUCAGCAGAAACCCGCUGAUUUCAAAGGACGUCGACUGCACCCGAAGCUCAGUAAAAACAUAGUUCUGUAGAGUUAUGAAAGGCUGGAAAACCCUUUCUUUUGUGUGCUCUCUCUCCUUUCUUUUGAGAUGAAAAUGAAAUGCUGGAAACAUUUACAUAUUAUUUGCCAGAUUUCGAUAUUAUGUUUGUAUGUUCAUAAAAUAAUAAAAUCUCUUCCUUAAAAA